AUGCUGCUGUGGGUGUCACUGCUGGUCCUGGCUCCUGUCAGUGGACAGUUUGCAACUGAACCAAAGUCUGUAAUUUUCCUCCAUCCUCCAUGGACCACUGUCUUCCAAGGAGAGAAUGUGACACUGACUUGCAAAACAAUUCACUUCGAUGCAUCAGAGAAAAUAAAAUGGUACCAUCAGUAUCUUCUGGAAGAAAUACAAAGUGAAACCUCAGGAAACACCCAUGAGGUCCAUGAAUCUGGAGAUUACAGAUGCCAGGCCCAGGACUCACUCCUGAGUAAUCGUGUGAGCUUGCUCUUUUCUCCAGCCAACCUGAUCCUGCAGGCUCCACUUGAUGUGUUUGAAAAAGAAUCUGUGAUUCUGAGAUGCCGAGCAAAGGCAAACACAGUACUGAAUACUAUAAAGCUGUACAAGAAUGGAAAAGUCCUGGAAGUCCUUGAAAAAUCCUCUGACUUCCAUAUUCAUCAGGCAAGUCUGAAGGACAAUGGCAAAUAUCACUGUGUUGGAGUUAAGGAAGAUGAUCGGUUGGUUUUUUCAAACUCGGUCAAAAUCGAAGUCCAAGAGCUGUUUCCAAGUCCUGUGCUGAGAGCCAGCUCCACCCAGCCCACCGAAGGAGGAGCAGUGACUCUGACCUGUGAGACCCAGCUCUCUCCACAGAGGCCAGAUGUCCAGCUCCAGUUCCACUUCUUCAGAGACAGACAGUCCCUGGGGUCAGGCUGGAGAAGCUCCCCAGAAUUCUGGAUCCCCACCAUAUGGAGAGAAGACUCAGGGUCUUACUGGUGCCAGGCACAGAGCAUGACUCCCUCUGUCCAGAAACAGAGCCAGAGAUUACACAUACAGGUGAAAAAUGUUGUUCCUGACGUCCGUAUAUACCCUCGCCCAAAGUUGGUGUUUGAAGGGCAGGAGCUGGUGCUCAUCUGCUCAGUAAAUGGAGUUCCAGGGCCCAUCACAAUUUCUUGGUACAGAAAAUUCAAAAAGCCGAGGACAGAAAGAAAGCUUCACACUUACUCAAAAACAGAAUUCAAGAUCCCUGUGGUGAAAAACAGUCAUGAUGGAGAGUAUUACUGUAUUGCCAGCAAUAGUCGCUCCUCCUUCCGCAGUGACCCAGUGACCAUCAAUGUGAAAGUCCCCGUGUCUCAACCUGUCCUCACCCUCAACCCUCCUGGGACCCGGACUCUUGUGGGAGAUGAGGUGAGCUUUGACUGUGAAGCUCAGAGAGGUUCUCUGCCCAUCUGGUAUCAGUUUUUUCGUGAAGGUGUGCUGCUCAUGAAGAUAGAAACUACUUUAUGGAGAACAACGUCCUAUAGAUUCUCUCUGACUGCAGAGCAUUCUGGGAACUACUACUGCACAGCUGACAAUGGCCUUGGCCCCCAGAGCAGUGAGACCCUGAGACUCUCUGUCACCGCAUUGACUGCCUUGGACUUCUGGAUCCUGGUAUCAACUAACUCAUUUUUGCUUUCAGUUCCAGUAUCUCGCCCUGUCCUCACCCUCAGGGUUCCCAGGGCCCAGGCUGUGGUGGGGGACGUGAUGGAGCUUCACUGUGAGGCCUGGAGAGGCUCUCCCCCGAUCCUGUACCAGUUUUAUCAUGAGAAUGUCAGCCUGGGGAGCAGCUCAAGCCCCUCUGGUAGGGGAGCUUCCUUCAACCUCCUUCUGACGGCAGAGCAUUCUGGGAACUACUUCUGUGAGGCCAACAAUAGCCAGGGGGUCCAGCGCAGUAACACAGUGUCACUCAGUGUCAGAGUUCCAGUGUCUCAUCCUGUCCUCACCCUCAGGGCUUCCAGGGCCCAGGCUGUGGUGGGGGACAUGGUAGAGCUUCACUGUGAGGCCCAGAGAGGCUCUCCCCCGAUCCUGUACCAGUUUUAUCAUGAGGAUGUCGCCGUGGGGAGCAGCUCAGCUCCCUUGGGAGGAGGAGCAUCCUUCAACCUCUCUCUGACCAUGAAACAUUCUGGAAACUACUCCUGUAAGGCUGACAAUGGCCUUGGGGUCCAGCAUAGUGAGGUGAUGUUACUCAGUGUCAUAGUUCCAGUGUCUCACCCUAUCCUCACCCUCAGGACCCCCAGGGCCCAGGCUGUGGUGGGGGAUGUGGUGGAGCUUCAUUGUCAGGCCCAGAGAGGCUCUCCCCCGAUCUUGUACCAGUUUUAUCACAAGAAUGUCACCCUGGAGAGCAGCAUAUCCCACUCUGGACAAGGAGUGUCCCUCAACCUCUCACUGACUGCAAAUCAUUCUGGAACCUACUCCUGUGAGGCCAACAAUGGCCUGGGUCCCCAGUGCAGUGAGGCAGUGACACUUUCCAUCACAGGGCUGACAGGGAGCAGAAGUGGCCCUGUUGCCACCGGUGUCACCGGGGGGCUGCUCAGCAUGAUGGGUCUCGCUGCCGUGGCACUGUUGUUCUACUGCUGGCUCCCGAGGAAAGCAGGAGGAAAGCCUACAUUUGACUCCUCCAGGAACCCAUCAGCUUCAGACCCCCAAGAGCCCACCUACUACAAUGUACCAAGCUGGAUAGAACUGCAACCAGUGUACAGCAAUGUAAAUCCUAACGGAGGAGAUGUGGUGUACUCGGAAGUCCGGAGCGUGAAGGCGGAGAACAAACAGGCAGCAGCCUCUGACCCAGAGCUUCUCAAGAACACGCCCCUAAGCCCCAGCUCUUGGUUGCAUCCACUCCUCACAGAUGAGUCCAUGCAGCCCGACUGCUGUCUCAGCCUCUGCACCCAAAGCCACCCUUGGGGGAGAAGGGACAUCAAAGUGGGAAGAUUUAAACCACCCAAGGCCACACCCAGCAACCUGUGCAUCAAGUGCCCACACCCUAGUCUGAACAGAACACAGGGCCCCACAGGACUCCCACCUAUUUCCAAAGUGACAGCCCUGGCCCAGUGGUCUUUUUCUUAA